AAUAAGUAGCAGUCUUUUUAUAACUGACAGUGACAACCAGAAAGGACAAGUAAAAUUGUCAGAUAAUUAUGAUUUUAAUAAGUUAAUUGGAAUUGGGUUUACAUAUUUCAUUUAGUCGGAGUACUGGUGGUCAAUGCUAUUGAAAUUUCGUAUUAAAAAAUCAAUUUUCCAAAAUGAGUGGUGAAUACUAUUGUUCCGAUGAACCUGUCACCAAAUUUUACAAAGAUUAUGAAAGUAUUUCUCCAUCAUCUAGAUCAAAAAACGAUACAUAUGAAUCUCAAGGUCAAAGUCACCGUCUUCAUGAUAUUGAAGAACAACUGGAAAUGGCUGAAACCCGUUGCAACACUCUCAAAGAUCAAUUGGAUUACAUGAAACAGAUAUACGGUGUAAAAAAGGAAGUUUCAAAAUCUCGAAAAAUAUCCAACGUAUCAGGAACACAAAAAUUGUCAGAUGAUGAUCUUACACUAUCAUCGGCUUCAGUACCUUCCGUCGAAACCAAGGUAGUACCGGUAAGGCAAAGUUCGAACGCUAUUAGUACUGAUAAUACAGGCGCUGCAGUAAGAACUAUCAACAACAUCUUGAACGGUAUAACUGAUUCAGUGAAUAGACUUUCCGAGCUUCAUGUUCAAAUCAGCGAAACACCUAGAGUUCGAGUAUUGGCUACUGGCUCAGCUUCACCUCACCAUACGGUUGAAGACACUAGUACAAAAACCAACCCUGUCAUCAAAGAAUCUGAGGAAUUCCAAGUUCCAAAUAAGAGCACUACAGGAAUCAGUACCAAAUCCAAAAGUAUUAAAAGAAAAUUGAAGGAAUCAAAGGUCAGUGCUAAAAAGCCUCCAAGCCAAAAGUCUCUCAGCCGAAAUAUUAAAGUUGACAGGAAAAUAAAAACCAAUGCAGCGAGAGGCUCCAUUAUUGACAAGACAAAUUCCGCUGUAGUAUCGCAGAGGAAGGAUAUUUUAAAUACUUUCAAAAUAAAAACACAAGAAAAACUUGUAGAAAUUUACCACAACAAGGAAGCCAAAAGCAGCGAUUCCGAUGAAGGAAACAACAAGAGCAGAGAAAAGAGUUCUAAGCAGCAAUCAACCGUCAUGACUGCUGAAGAUGUUCCUCCUCUGAACAUUCCCAAUCAAAAAACUAAUCGAUUGUCUAAUGAGAAUGUGAAAUGCAGUAGCGAAGGAGUCAGGCAGCAUAUCGACCCAGACUGCUAUUACGAUCCACCAGAAGCUCCAAGAACUGUUCAAAGUUGCUGCUAUAGGAGUUAUGAAUUGCCAACUAUAGCUUCGAAGAUGAAACAAGUUGCCAAAUCCUAUCUACAUACCUUCAACUUCAAAGCUAUACCAUUUUGUGCAGCGAUUUCAACCAGUCCCAGUCACAACAUUGGGAUAAACAUUCAACAAGUCAUGAAUAUCAUCAAAAAUAGGCAUCCAGUAAAUGGAAUUUCACCUACUUUAGCUCAUAAUAUAGGAUUAGCAGCGGAAAAACUGAACAGUAGACCACUAUCGGCUCUGGUGUCGACAAUAAACUCCAAAACGUGUUACAGAUCUUCCCAAUGUCCUUUAUCCAAACCUUCUUUGAACUACCAGCAACUUCAGGAUAUGGCAAAGAGUAUUCCAGAAGAAACUGCAGAGGAGGUGGAGGAAGAGAUUGACUCUCCAGAAGUGAGGACAAUAGUCAUAACAGGUCCUUCUGGUGAUAUGGAAGUGAAAAAUAGAGUUGUACCAAUUUGGGCAGCGGAUCCAACUCAAUCGGAACAGUGCACGUGUAUAAAUCAAACCGGAAAUAAUAUCCACCAUGUUGUCAACAAGUACAAGAGGAACGGUUCAGCCAUGACGUCAUUAACGACUGUUUCACAUAAAGAAAAGCGCUGGGGAAGAUUCCAGAAAGGUAAUAAACGAGGAACCACAAAACGUCCUCACUCUCAAUGUGACGGUUAUAUUCCUGCCAAUGAAGAAACCCAUGCAGAUCCACAGGAGCACCCUCUACAGGGAAAAGAGAAAAAUCUGAAGGAAGUUCUCACUAACCUUCACAACGAGUUUGAAACUCUCAAUAAGAAAUAUGAGGAAUUGUCCCAGAAUGCUAAUGCUGAUGACGACGAAAAUCUGACAGAAUUGGAGAAAUUGGAAUCAGAACUGAAUAAAAAAGAAGAGGAGAUCGUCAUGGUGAUGACUUUGUACAAAGAGGUACUGGCUUUGAAACAGCAAAUUAAAACGUUGAAGCAGAAAACGAGCCAGCCGAGCAUUUCCCUCUCCGAUCAGAAGGACUGCCCACCCAAUUUCAAAGAAUAUAACAACCCACAGGCUGCUUUUCAUCUAACGAAACUUCUGAGGCAGAUUCAAAUGUAUCAAAUGAGAUAUAAGAAAGAAAUAGAAUGAGUGAAAAAUGAAAA